AUGGAGUCUCUUCUGUCUCUCGCCUUCGACAACCUUUCCUCGUAUGACGGACCAAAAGUCCGUAAGGGCCUUCGCCAGGUCGAAGGCCUUCUAGCUCAGAUCUGUCUCUCUAAAGCAAACUCUCGAAACGACCGUGCACAUCGAAACCGGGAUGCCGACGAUGAUGGGAGUGAAGGAUCAACACCUUCUCAAAAGGAUCUUUCCCAGCUCUCCCGCGACCCGGCAUUUCGAGAGUUUUUCAAGCUGCAAGAGGGAUUCGAAUGGAAUGUUGCGAUGCGCCUUAUCAGCACUCUCGAUCGACUCAUGGCUAAGGGUGGUGAUGGUGGAAACGAUCUAUUGAUUCUGAGUGCCCUUGACCUCAUACAAGGAGUCUUGUUGCUACAUCCUCCCAGCAAGUCUCUCUUUUCCCGAGAACAGAAUAUGAACCUCCUCCUUGACCUUCUCGAGCCCUUCAACUGCCCCGCGAUCCAAUCUGCGACUCUCCUCACACUCGUCACUGCUCUUAUCGAGACCCCAAUCAACACCCGUACCUUUGAGAGCCUUGACGGUCUUCUCACUGUCACCUCUCUUUUCAAGUCGCGAUCCACCGCCCGUGAGGUCAAGCUGAAGCUCGUUGAGUUCCUCUACUUCUACCUCAUGCCUGAGAUUCCUUCGAUCCCCCGAGCCGAUCAGCGCGAUAGUGUCCCCGCUAUGCUUCAACGAAGUCCUAGUAAACUCGCUGGUGCCUUCAAUGCUGACUCACGUCGCAAGCGUUCAAGUUCUGAUCCUGAAGGUGACAUCUAUCUCACCACGGAGGAGAAGCAGGAGCUGCUUAGCCAGCAUCUGAGCAGCGUAGAGGAUCUUGUCAAAGAUCUUCAAAACUGCGCACCUUUCGGCGGCGUCGUCUGCUAA